GUCGUUCCUGUCGUCGGUUGUCGGUUCGAAACUUCGCGCGAAUCGUUUUCCGUAGUUUCGGAGUGUGACGUUUUUUUUGUUCUCCGUCUGUUUGUGGACAACGGUCGAAUACUCUUCCUUCGGGAUAUCCUGUGAAUUGGUUCCUCGUGGUGCUCUGGGCGGUGUUGAUUCGUCCUGUGCCUAAACGUUUUCGGUUCCCAUUGUUCUGUGCCUCGUCUGUUGUUGGAGGCGUCAUUGCAUGCUGCAUCAGAUUUGCAUCACAUCGGCAGCUCACUCGUUAAUACGAGGAGCAAUGACAAUAGUUUUGUGCACUAGUAUAUUGUGUAAGUGUAUUCGUGUGGUAGUAGUUAGUAAUUGAAAGCGUGAUUCUAGUUUUUUUUGCUUACUCCCCGGAGCCGCAUUGUGCGAUUGUACUCGGCUGCAUUUUUCUUCUCGCUGAAUAGAAUUUUCCGAAUUGGUGGCAGCCCAGAAGAUAACAAAAAGAUCUUUUCAAGUACGCCUGUGAAUGGAAUUUCGUGCACCGAAGAAUAAACCGACUAUCUAUCUACCUUUAAAGUCGUUCUUGAUUUUUAAUGGAAUAAAACAACAACCCCGUGGGAAGUUUUUUUUAGUGAGGCUGCUACAGUUUGUACGAAAGUUUAACGGCCAGAUCUUCACGUGGCUAAACCAACACAUCUCACCUACAUCAGCACGUGGAGUGUGGGUGUCGUUCUGGGAUUGAGAGGAGGAGAUUCUCAUCUCAUCUAUGGUGUGUCUGUAUCCGGAUUCAAACAGGAAGAACCUCAGGCCUCGCACACUCAAUCGGGGGCAUUAUUAUCAUCAGUUGUGCAAACUUUGGAAGCCCAUCUACAAAAUACCUACACCAAAGUACAACUCGUGAAUAUGGAAAUGGGAAUUAUCUGUGAAUGGUUUUAAAAUUGUUGGGCUGAAGGCAGUUUUGUUUUUCGAUUCGAAACCACAUCUUCAAUAUUUGCAUUUAUACAUAAACGGUUUCAAUUCAUGGGUACUUGGAAAAUCGACUAGCAUUUUCGAUAUAUAAAGUGUCAAUCGAAUCGAAACAUUAGUGGAAGUUUUCUCGUGUUUCAACAGAAGUCAACAGAAGCGAAAAUUGUACUUAAGGAUAUUUCUGAAAGCAGCUUGUAGUCUAAGAUAUUGAAACCCUGGCAGAAAAGGCAUGAAAAUAGCCUUUUCCAAAUGACGAUCUCAACCGAAGCCGUGCAUGGGGAUGAAAGUUUAACUGCAGCAUCGGGUCAGUCUGAAAUUAACAGUGGAAAUAUUCAACUGGUGAAUGGUCACCUAUAUUUCAAAUGAAAAAGUGUAAAAAUCCAAAUCAAACAUCCAGUGCAAUAUAAAGAGUGUAUAUUUUGAGUGUAGAACGAACAACGUGAAACCGCAAAACGGCUUGCGGGCAACGACGAUGAAGUGGAACAAAAAACCAAAACAAUCGAUAUCGAGCGUCACAUCAAUGUCAUUUCUGUCCGACGAGAAUCUCACGUUUCACCGCUUUUCCGAUGGUACUUUUUCGUUUCCAACGGAGCGCAAAAAGUCAGCGGCAGCCAAUGGCGGGGGAGGCGGUGGCUUCGGAGGGAUCGAGGGAGGAGUCCACAGUCUCGGCCGUCCAGGGCAAACGCUAACCGUGGAUCGGGCCGCCCACCGGAAGUCUUCGUCGCAUCAAUUCGGACAUCACCUUUCGCAGUCAGGAUCGAUUCCGGUAUGGACGACCCACACAGCUUUCAACAAUUACACCAAUAAUGCCAUCCAUGCCAACGGAGGCAGUGUAAGCAGCAGCACCGAUAACAACAACCCAAACACAUCGACAACGACGGCUGGAAUUCCGACGGCUCAGGAUUUGCGAUAUCUGUCGUCGCCGACCAACGCGAACCAUUCGAGCGUUAUGCAUAAUGGGUCCACGGUCAAGUUGCUGUCGACCAAACUGCACAGCAGCUCCCAGAACAACGUCUCGGCCGAAAGCGAUGAUCAAACAAACAAACAGUCAAGAUCAUCGAUAUUUCGCGGCGUUAUUCUGUGCCUGUGCCUAAACCUGACCUACGCCAAUGUGGCCCGAUUCCCACGUGAACUUCAGCAGCACGGAUCGGCCUUCCUGGUGCCCUAUGUGGUCCUUUUGCUGCUCGUCGGGCUGCCGGUGCUGCUGCUGGAGGUGUCCCUGGGGCAGUUCCUCGGACAAGGAUCGGCGCACAUGUGGAGGGCGGCGCCCUUCCUCAAGGGUGCCAGUUUGGUGGGCCGGAUUGCUUCCUGGUUGGCGGCCAUCUGGACCUCGAUGCAGUCGGUGAUCGCCCUGCUGUACGUGGGAAUGCUGUCAUUCAAAUCUGUGCCAUUUAGAGAGUGUAAUAAGGCGGUAACGAUCAACCCGUCGGCCAUUCACAACGGGUACGAUGCGGAACCAAAUAGCGGACAGGAGUGUUUGAAACUAACAUUCCUACGUCCAGUUUGGCGAAGUUCCCUCUACUUCGGAUUGCUGGCGCUGAGUCUAAUCCUGUUAUGGGUCAUUUCGAUGGUUUGCACGCACAGUGGCAAAAUCAACCGACGAUCGAUCUACUUUUUCGGCUUCCUAGCCCUGUUGCUACUGGUUUUCGAAACUGGCUGGGAAGUGACAAAAGCCAUCAACGAGGAGUACAUCCCGGAGCUGUGGCCAUUUUAUCCAGAAUCGUUCGCGGAUAGUACGGUUUGGUACAACGCGCUGAUUCAGGUGAUCUAUUCCCUGAACAUUGGGAUUGGAGCCGUGCCGGUUAUUACCGGGAAGUUUCUGUACAAAGGAGAUGCCGUCAAGACAUCAUUCGUGUACAUGUUCUUCAACAUCCUCAUCACGACGAUCGCGGUCGUGUUCUACAUGUUCCAGUUCUACAACACGGCCAACGAUCAGCACCUGCUCUAUCCGGAACUGACUAGCAUCACGGCCAUCUACGACCGGGCUAUAACGGUUCAUGAACUGGACCCACUGCUGCAACGGUUGAUUCCGGGUUUAUCGUUCGGCCUGCUGUUCCUAUCUUCGAUCGUCUCGAUCACCAUCUACAUCUACACCUCGACCCGAAUGAUCAGAAAACAUCCCAACUACACGGUGUGUCUGGCCGGACUAGUUGUCGCAAUAGCUGGACUAUUGUGCCCGAACUACAUUUUCCCGAGGCUGCUGGACACCCGAAUUGUUGGCUCUCUGAUCGUUUGUGCAAUGAUCUUCGAGAUCAUCUUGAUCAGUUGGGUCUACGGGUCCAAGAAUCUGUAUACGGAUUUGGAAUUCUCUCUGGGUCGACCGGUAUUGAAGGCUUGGUUGUUCAUCUGGGGAUUCAUCCCGGUGCUGUUGAUAGCGAUUUUGACGUGGUGGUCGAUCACUUACUUCGACAACGACUUGCUGAUCGAGUUCUUCCCAAAGUGGCUUCCAGUGGUCUUUAGUUUAGGAGUGAUCAUGCUUCUGGCUUGUGUAGAGAUAAGUAAGCAGGUAGAUUAUAAUAUCUUCAGCAUGAUACAUGGUGCUACGAAGCCAUCCAAAGACUGGGGACCUGCAGAUCCUCUGGUGCGCCAUGCUUGGAAGCAAUGGAAAUCGGUGUGCGAAGACACAGGAGAAAGAGAUUUUACCCUUCGAAGACGGGGUACCAAGGAUUAUACGAACUCUAUCAAGAAAGGCCAGUACUCACACUCUAACAAGUACGGAUCGUCAAACAAAAAUCUUUCCACGGCCGGAAGCAACUCACCUAACUACAGUGGAUCUGUGUACGGAGAUUCAGCCAUCGAGGAAGACAUUAGCGUUGAUAAGUUCCCACAGCAGUACAAGCAGCAAAAUUCGGCCUUCAGUGUCGAUUCGAGCCAUGAAAAAUCGCCGAGAACUUCCGCUAGUUCGCGAAAAUCGUCACACACCACUGACAAACGGACUCCUAGUGAACGCAGUCAAACUGGACUGAUCAGCAGCUCCCGCAAAACUUCGGACAACAGCUUCUCGUCUCGGAUUGACAUUAUGGCCGGCGAUCAUAACGGCUAUCGAGGAGCGCUGGUGCGUAACCCACUCGCGAAAUCUGACGCGCUUCAAAAUUUCAGCAAAAACCAUCUGGCGCCACCGCCGAUCGUGCCAAAGCAUCACAACGUGUCCAGCAGUCAGCAGAAGCAGCAAAACCAUCAGAAUGGUCUCUCAAAGAAUCCCUACCCGGAGGAAGGCUACAAUCGGGACAUCUACAUAAGCAACGGCCAACCAGAUCACAUCUGCUGGCGAAAGUUUUCCGUCAACUCCGAGGAGUAUUCUACUGAACUGUAGAUCAUUAGCUAGGCAAACAUCUUAAUUUAAUAGAUUAGUUUAAAAACAAAAUACAAGAAGAAAGUUCAAUCUGCUCCAAAUAGUUAAAUAACAAACAAAACCUGUAAAUAGUUAGUCAAAGAAACGAUGCUAAAGGUGGAAUUUAGCGCAACGGGUCACCACAGGUAGGAUUUCACUCACAGUACGCUUACGCAAUAGGAAAGUGACCGAACUAGUUUGCGGGAAAAAGCGAAGUUUAGAUAUUUAUAGGAGGGACCCACCCCCCCAUUUCGCUCUGCUAUGUCCUAACAAAAUGUUAAGCAGAUUCCAUUGAUAAAGUAAUAUUUUCCUCUUGUCCGCUAAAGAAGCCCACAAAUCGGCUAGCAAUUAUAAGUAGGUACUUAAACGCAAGUAAAAUUGAAGAAGAAGAAAUACGGUACGAAAGCUUUUUGUACUCACGUAAGAAUACCCACACACACUCUCUCAAAAACAUUCCCCUAAGUUCAUGUUAGGGUGGUCGUGUAGAACUGAAUCGACAGGCGAGAUACACUGAAUGUAAUAGGUAAUUUUUUUGUGAUCUAUCUUGUUGAAUGAAACUAAAAUGUAGUUAUGUAUAUGUCGGAAGGAUGGACUUCCCCCGUGUUAAGAACCUACGAAUGAUAUUACACUUUGUUGGUGGGUUCUGAACAACAAUUGUCUGUUGAUCCUUCAGGAGAAAUUCAACACUUAAA